AUGGCAUCAGAAGAGCCCUCACUGCCGCAUCUCCCCGCCGUGUCGUGGGACGAACACACACAGAGCUUCUCCAACAACCCCAAGAAGCGUGGACGGACGUCGCGACGACCAUCACCCUUCACCGGUAACAGCGGGAAUGGAAUCAACAGCAAUAACUCGAGCGACCCCGCCGUCUUCUCAAGCGACGACGAUCCAGCGCUGGACAACUACGUCGAGGGGCGGCGGAAGAAGCGAUACGUGGGGUCAUGGUUCCAGCAGCAUCCUACGGCAUCGUCAUCAGACUCUGCCUUUGGUGGAGACCACGAGCAGCAGCCCCUCCCUCACCAGCCAAAGGGUGCUAACCGACGUACCCUGGCGCGCAAGCUGGACAGUGGUGUCUUCCUGGGCAGUGAUGGGAGCGACAACAGCAGCAGCGGUGACGAUUUUGUCCUGCCAGAGUUCGAGAUGAACGUUGCAACGCGAUCCAAGGUACCGCAGCUUACGGUGGCGGCGGCGAGGAAGACGAGGAGGAGGCAGCUUUCCGAACCGGAGCGUCAGCUGCAGGAAAAGAUCCGCGAGAGCCUGGAUACGGCCAACGAGACGGUGGACUUCUGGUCCAUGGACCUCGCCGAGCUAUCGGGCGACACCGUCUCCCUGCUGUCCCAGUUCGAGUACAUCCCCCAGGUAACGCGCGACGUGGCCUUCGAGCAGAGGGAUCCGGAGCUGGAGCUGUACCUGGCACAGAACCGGCUGACGCGUCUCCCCGGUGCCCUCUUCGACGUCGAGCACUUGGCCAUCCUCAGUCUCAGGAGCAACCAGCUCGAGGAGCUGCCGCCCGCCAUAAGCCGUCUGAAAAACCUGCAGGAGCUCAACCUGUCGCAGAACCGCCUCCGUCAUCUGCCUGUCGAGCUGCUGGACUUGCUUGGUGCCGACUCCAAGCUGCGCACCCUCAUCCUGCAUCCCAACCCGUUCCUCCACCCCAACCAAGGCCACGACAUUUUUGAGAUUCUCGAGGACGGCGGCCCCGCCGUCUACGACAACUACGACCUCGACAUGGAGCAUGAGCCCAACACGGAGUUUACGUACCCGCUCGCGGUGCCGGAUGAUAGGCUGCCGCGGCUCAUGACCCGCCGUCUUGGCCGGUCACCCCUCCAGGUGUCGGAUGCCGGGGGCAGGGUCCAGUCCACAUUCCGUCUACCCGGUGUCUCAUCCUCUGCGGAGCCGGUAGAGGUCGAAGUCAUCUUCAAGAGGAGGCUCCUAUCGUACGGGGGGGUUCCGUCUGCGCAGGAGACGCCGCCCCUUGCUAAGAGGGACGGCGGUGAUGGCAAGGUCCCCAGCCUGGUCGAGGCCGCCAUGAGGAGCUGCGUCAAGAGCGUGCACCUGCCCGACCUGCGAGACAUGGUACCCCCAGAGUUCACGGACCUGGGACAGCUGUUUGACCGGGCCCUGCGACAAAAGGAGAUGGGCGGGCUCGUGUGCUCCCGGUGCCGCAGGGAUGUGGUGGUGCCCGUUCUUGAGUGGAUCGAGUGGCGCGAAGUCAGCACGCUCUCCAAGUUCCGCAAGAUCAGCGGCAAGUACCGUCUCGACCCGCUCAGCGAGAGAAAGGACGAGCUCGUCGUACCCUUCUUGCACAGAGCCUGCUCGUGGGCAUGUGGCCCCCGUGAGGAGAGCAGUGGAUGGGAGUUUCCCAGCGGUUGUGAGGGUAUGACGGUCGGUUAUUGUCUCUACAAUGGACCGCCUGAGUCAGAGGGGCAAGCAAACAGAGCUACUUGA